UCGAUUGAUGAUUGAGUGUUGAUUUCCGGCUCCGCUCCUUUCGUUUGUUAGUCUUAACUGGUUUCACGACCACGGCGUUUGUCUCUCUCUGGGUCUCAGUCUUACACCCUGUCUUGUCUUUUUAGACAUCACAUCACGCACAUGCUCCCUAUCACCACCACCGCCACCACCACAUUUCCCAGAUCCAACUACUCUCUCUCUCUUUCUCUCUCCAACCGCAAUGGUUGGUCUCACUGAAUCCUGGUGCUUCUGCAAAGGCCUCAGCAAGUCCGAGCGGAUGAAGGCCGCCAUUUUCUCCGGUAAGGCCCACGCCAUGGCCACCAUCUCCCCCUCCGGCACCGGAUUCUUGAUCCACCGGAACCUACUUCUGACGACGCACGCCAACAUUCCGUCUGCUGUCGCCGCCGAGACCUCUGAGAUCCGGCUGCAUAACGGCGUCGCUGCCACUCUUGUUCCUCAAAGGUUUUUCAUUACGAGUUCAGUAUUAGAUCUUACAAUUGUGGGUUUGGACGAUGCCGAUGGAGAAUUGAUUGCCCAGGGUCAGUGUCCUCACUACUUGAAGACCUCUUGUAAAACCACCCUGGAUCUUGGAAGUGUAGUUUACCUUUUAGGCUUCACUGAGAAACAGGAGCUCACUGUUGGAGAAGGGAAAGUGGUCAUAGCCACUGAUAAUCUCAUAAAACUGUCAACUGAUGGGAUUCCAUGGAACCAAGGUUCUGCUGGUUUCGAUGUACACGGCAAUCUAGCAUUUAUGGUUUGUGAUCCUAUGAAACUAGCCACGUCACCAAAUACCAAGUCCUCUUCGACUUCUUCGUCAUCCUCAUCAUCUUUGAAGAAGGAUCUCCCCAUGCAAUUUGGUAUACCUAUUCUUGUUAUCCUUGAUUGGUUAAACCAGCAUUGGGAAGGUAGCCUUGAUGACCUUAACAAACCAAAAUUACCUCUUAUUCGGUUGAUGUCUGCUGGUCCAAAGAGUGAGCAUUCGUGUGCUUCAUUCUCAAUGAGGCAAGUUUUCAAGUCAACUGCUGAUAAUGAUGGCACCACUCCAUCUUCAUCGAACACUAUCUCGAAGACAAGGGAUCAAGGACAGAGUUCUAAUGCUGCUGCUAAUACCAUUGAAGAAGAAAGCUUAAUCACAAACCUGAAUGCUGAACAUGUACAGGGGAUUCCCACUCCAGAAAUAUAUGAAUCUCCAAGAGUAAAUGCUGCGCCACUCGGAAAGAAAGAAACUCCACAAAAGCAGCUUUUGGACAUUAAUUUUCCUCCAAGAAACUCUCAACCGACAGUUUUGCCGAAAUCAUCAAGGUUACCUCUUCCAAAGUCUGCUGAAAACUUUUUGAAGGGUCCUUUACCAGAAAACCGGUUAGACAAACAGAACCAAGACCGAAGACCAGCGACUCCUAGUGAAGAAGUUGCCUCAACAGGUUCUGUUAAUGUUGCUCAAAGUCAGGUUCAGUCUAGUUCAUCUCCCAUAGAAGUAUCGGAAAUGCACAAUGGAUAUAGCAGCGAAGGAGAGACUACUAUGUAUUCAGCCGAAACGGCAGAGAGUCGCAAUUAUACAUCUCCAAGGGAGGUGAAGUUUCAACAAGUAGGGAGGAGCCAAAGUUGUGUUAAUUACAAUAGAUGGGGUGCUUCUCAAAGGAACCAAGCUUCUCGCCGGACGACACCCGAAAACCAGAGGAGCUUUGGUCAUGGGAAGAAGAUGUAUUCACAAGGAGCUACCUCUCAGAGGAGUAAUGACUUUUUCAGCCCCACUGUCUCGUCGAUCAUGAAGCGCAACCCUGACCACAUUAUUAGACCCCGGCAAACUCCUGUGCAUUCUUCUUCGCCGAGAUGGAUGUUCUGAUUGAUACUUCAUAUUAAUAAAGGAAACAAAAUCAGAAUAGUAUAGUCAUCCUUACAUUUUCUUUCUCUAUUUUAUAACAUUGAUUCUUUUAGAAUAGAGUACUCUGCGUCGUUGGAUCCAUAUAACCAAUCCUAUACAGGGGGAUAAGGCUUAACUGAUGUUCGGUAUCUACUUGCUAACCUUUUUCGUUGUUUGGUGAAACAUGUGAAAAGACGAGCAUGGUUUAUAAGAAAUUUCUGCCAAAAUGCAAAUUUCUUCUAAA